GUCGAUGGUGCUGUACAAGUCGCUCUGCUCGAACGCGGAGGAGACUCUGUCGGCGGCGCUGUUCACGUUCUCGUUCGCCUACUCCAUCGCGGGCCUCUACAUGCUGCUCAACGGCAUCUUCAACGCACCCUCGUCCGAGAUUCUCAGCCAUCCUUCCGCGCUCAUGGUGGGGCAGCAACUCUUAUACCAUUGCGUCGGAAGUAUCGUGUUCCUGGUGUGCGGAAUCUACGUGCUCGCCCGAUACUUCAACGCUUCCAACGCUGUUUUCGCGUCAGUGGUGUCCUCCAUCGCCGCUGUUGUGCACCUGGCAAACGCCAUCUACAUCUACAGGGGCGACUUCCAACGCUUGAUAGAGAGCUUGUGACGAGCCCUGGUCUAUUGCACAGCCUAUGGACAUCGUUAUUUGACUUUACCGAUUUAGUCUUAUUUGUAUAGCUUUCAAAGGCAGUGUUAACUGUAUUUGUUAUAAAUAUAUACC